ACGCUUAUAAAAGCAUCGACAACAAAUGUGAAUGUUUUGACCGGUUUUGACCCAUUUAUCAUUAACUCUCUAAAGUAUCAGGUCGUUUCGAUAUGGAAAUUAGUUUCCACGGAAAAAGAGCCCUUGUCACAGGAGCCAGCCAAGGAAUUGGCCGUGAUAUCGCCCUCCAAUUGGCCAAAUGUGGAGCCAAAGUGAUAGCAGUGGCCCGAAAUAAAGAACUGUUGGAUGAGUUAAAAAACGAGAACCCGUCCAUUGACACACUUUCCGUCGAUUUAUCCGACUGGAAAGCCACUCAAAACACACUAUCCAACAUUUUCCCAAUUGACCUUCUAGUCAACAAUGCCGGAAUUGUGAUUUUGAAGCCCGUUCCGACCUUUGACGAGUCAGACGUCGACCGUAUUUUCGACAUCAACGUCAAGGCUCUCAUAAAUGUGACUCAAAUGGUCACUAGAGACCUCCUCUCCAGGAAAUCCCCCGGUUCCAUUGUCAACAUAUCGUCUCAAACGGCCAAAGUCGGCCUUGAAAGACACUCAGUCUACUGUGGGACCAAGGGCGCCGUCGACGCCUACACAAGGGCCGUAGCCCUGGAACUUGGCCCUUACAACAUCCGGGUUAAUUGUGUUAACCCCACUGUUAUCAUGACCGAAAUGGGCAAAAAGGGCUAUGCGGACCCGAAACUAGCCGAACCCUUGAAACAGAAAAUCCCCUUGAGGCGGUUCGGGGAAGUCCGGGAAGUAACCGACGCUGUUUUGUUUCUAUUAAGUGACAAGGCGACUAUGAUUACCGGCGAGUCGCUUCUAGUAGAUGGAGGAUAUGUACAAGCUUAGCUUAAUAAAAUAAUACCACUGCUGCUAUAAAAA